AUGGCUAAGCGCACUCUAGAUACAUACUUCUCGACGCCAAAGAAGACGCGCUUGGACGCGCCUAUACAAGGACGAGCAGAAAACAACCCUCCAACGAAGUCGGUGACCAAAACGACAGAUCAUCCAACGUACCCCUGGCCCAUUUCUUAUCUGCCCAUUCAUGUCGCCUCGGAAAUCGAGUUACUGGGUACUGCCCAAGCCACGGAGAUUAAAGACCAACACCACUUGGACCUGUUAUACUUUCAACCAUUUGUCCCGAAAUCAAUCGACAAGGAACUCUUCGAAUUUCUCCGCUCCGAACUGUUCUUCUACCGCGUCAAAUACACUAUUAAGCGGUUCGGCAAGGAGACACUCAUGAACACACCCCGGUACACCACGGUAUUUGGGAUCGACGAGACGAGUCGCUUCCUAGAUGGCCACGACGGCUUGCGCAUCGUCGAGGCUGCGGACCCUUCGAACAAGACAGUUCGAAGGGACAAAUACAAGUGCAAACCACGACCAAUUCCGGAGUGCUUGGAUCUUCUCCGCAGGGUGACCGAAGCACGCACCAACGCAAAGUACAACUUCUGUCUGGUGAAUUAUUAUGCCUCGGGAAACGACAGCAUCUCGUUCCACAGCGACGAUGAGCGGUUCCUUGGUCCAGAGCCAGCCAUUGCGUCUUUCACACUGGGGGCGAAGAGGGAUUUUUUGAUGAAGCAUAAACCUCCCAAGGACGGCGAGCCGAAGUUGGAGACCAAGGACAUCAAGCUCUCACUGGCUAGCGGUGACAUGGUUCUUAUGCGUGGCCCGACACAGUCGAAUUGGAUGCACAGCAUUCCGAAACGAAAGGGCAGGGAAGCCGACAGAGGUCGGAUCAACAUUACCUUGCGUCGAGCUUUGACUCCAGCCGGCACGGAAAACUAUUAUCGAUAUAAUGUCGGAGAGGGUGGAGCGUACAAGUGGAAUAGCUCCAAGAAACAAAUGAUUCCUUGGUUGCCAAGAGCCGACGGUGUCGGGCAAUGA